CUCUCUAUAUACGCAUGAACGUGCAUGUUUAUGUGUAUGUGUGUCUCCGUGGCGGCAUAUAAGGGUGGCAUGUGUUUGAUGGCCAACUGGGGAGGGAGGUGCAUGAAUGGCCUGUUUGCCCCUGUCAGAUUGUCUGUGUUGGGCUUUUACAUUCCUUGUCUUCAUGUCACAGUGCUGCGUGUACUGCUGCUGGAGGCUGCAUGAAAGUUUUUGGUUUCCAGGCAGACUGCCAGUGUGUCUGGGAUGAAAGCACUGGGGGAUCUGUUGGAGAAACAGGCCGAGGUACCGGGUUGAGCUUCUAAUACCAUCGUGGUUACCUACAUUUUUUUCUUCUUCUUCUCAGUGUAUUUAGUAGCUGUCAUCAUCCGUCACAAUUUGUGUGUAUUUCUUUUAUUUAAAAUGUGUCAUUUUUGUCAUUUUGUGUACGCUUUCCCUGUCUACGGGGAAUCUCCUCGAGCCAUGUCGCCAUCUGUUCAUGAAAUAUUGUGUUUUCUUGUUUCACUAAAUCUAUGUGGCAACAUACAUGUAGUGUGGAGCGAAUGUCGCAGUGUUUCUUGGGAGGUAUUCCCAGUGCUUCUGCCUGUGUGUGUUUCUGAGGCCGUAUUGCAGCACAGGGCUUUUAUGUUGGGCGACCGGAACCAGCUGAAACCGGUUUGAGGCAGACAGAGGGCUGACAGGAACAAUGCCGUCUCUGUGCUCCACUGAGGGAUAGCGAUAGCCCAGGCUACUCCCUGGCAGCCCCUCACAGCUCAGCCGCUGGCUACCGUGGCACAGGCACAGAAUCCGCUGCUGCGGCUCGCCGCUGGCCGGAUGUCGGUGUGCUUUACGCAGCGCGGCUCACAGCGAGGGGAGCAGGGAGAUCUGGGAUGGGACGAGGGCCGGGGGCCGAAUGGGAGUCUGUGAAUCUGCAGCCCGGAGCCUGCCUCACACACACGCACACAUGCUCAGACAACACACACACACACACACACACACCAGCAUGAUCUAUGUGUCUGUUUGCAUGUCUGUGUGCUGCCAGAGGGGCAGAGAAUGACUAAAGGAGGAUCCUCACCAGGACCACCACCACUUACCAGAUCCAUGGAUUGCAACCUGACCCUGUAUUCUGGGCCUUUUCCUGGUUGGGAAGAAACAGGACAGAAUUUUCCAGGCAGGGUGGGGUGGAUGGCUUUUGGGGGGGUUAGCAGUGUUGUGACUGUGUUUGUUGCAGGAUGGAAGGAAGAAAGAAAAGAAGGUUUGGCUAGUGUCGUGAGAGGGACGGAGGCAAGAGGGUGAUCUCCUCACCAGAACAGGAACAGGAUCAUGGGAGAUAUGAAGACACCAGACUUUGAUGAUUUGCUGGCAGCUUUCGACAUCCCCGACAUGGUGGAUCCUAAAGCUGCAAUUGAAUCUGGCCACCACCAUGACAAUGGACAGCUCAAGCAACCCAGUGGGCGGACUACCAAUGAAGACGAAGCCCAAAACUCGUCAACAGGACAUGAUGUUGGCGUUAGUGUCAUUGUCAAAAACAUCCGAAACACAGACAUCAGUGAGCAAGGUGGAACCAUAUCAGAAAGGGAUGGGCAUCUUUACUCCCAUUCUCAACCACAUUCCGUUGGCACUUGCAAGGGACUUCAUAAUGGCUUAUUGCCAUUAAGAAGUGAACAUUACAGCAAGAAUGGAUGGAAAGCCCCCAUGGAGAGAAGACAGGCAGUUAACAACCAAUCAUCCACAUGCAUUCAGUUCAGCCCAAUCUCCAGUGCUGAAGAGUUUGAUGAUGAUGAUAACAUUGAGGUGGAUGACCCCAUGGACAAUCGGGUUGAUCAGUCAUUGUUUAGGAACACCACUAAGGGAGAGGACAAGAAUCCCAAAUCACCAGUAUCACUGGAAAAUAUGUCCAGAGCAAACAAAGACCAAAAAACUGAUCAAAACAAUAACAAUAACAACAACAACAACAACAACAAUGGUGGCACAGUAGGAGUUCCCAAGUUUAACUAUCCCUGUCAGUCAAUGUUACCCAAGGAGGAAACUGUCUUUAAGUCACACAGUAAGAAAUGCAAUGAGGCUGAAGAGUCAUCAGUGCCUAUACAUUUGUCCAGUAGCACCCAGGUCAAAAGCAAGCCCGCUGCAAAACUUUCUUCUUGUAUUGCAGCCAUAGCAGCCCUCAGUGCCAAAAAGGCUAGUGCUACAGACUUGGGUGUUUUGGAUUCUCUUACAACACAGAAAGAAUCCAUCAAAGCCAAUGAAGCUAAAGAGAAGCCACAGGAGCAUGAGUCAGCCUUAGAGUUUGCAAAGAGGCUGCUAACAAGACCACAAGACAGUCCAUCCAGUGUCACCAGUGAGGGUAGCAGCAAUGGUUCCCCUUCCUCAAGCAUAGACUCAACCCCGGUCAUCCCAAAGGUCCGGAUCAAAACAAUCAAGACCUCAUCCGGACAGAUCAAGCGAACUGUCACCCGAGUUCUCCCUGAGUUUGAUUCUGAGGGUCUGAAAGAAGGAGAGAUUAGCCCAUCUGUCAUGGCAGCCACCAGGGCAAUUUUCUCAUCUUCCACAAGGCCCUCUUUGCCAACGAAAGUAGUAGCCACUACUGGAGGGCCUUCAAUUGCAAUAACCAAGCAAAUGACUAUUAAAGCUGUAGCGACAGCUUUCCUGCCAGUCUCUGCAGUCAAGACAGCUGGUUCACGGGUCAUCAACCUUAAGUUGUCUAACAACACCACAGUCAAAGCAACUGUCAUUCCUGCUGCAUCAGUGCAAAGUGCCAGCAGUGCCAUUUUGAAAGCUGCUAACAUUAUUCAGCAACAGACUGUCAUGGUACCGGCCUCCUGCCUGGUCAAUGCCAAACUAGUGCCAAAGACAGUGCAUCUCAGUAACCUCAACCUUCUGCCUCAGACUGUAUCCUCUGCUGCCUGUGAUCUCCAACAGGCGAUGUCCUCCUCCAAGCAGAGCAAGCGACAAUCACAGCAUGUCAAACAGCAGACAAUUCUUACUGGUCAGGCCUCAAAGAGCUCUCAAAGCUCUGUAGUGGACGCAUUCAAUAAAGUUCUGAGUAGCAUAAAUCCUGUACCUGUGUAUAUUCCAAACCUCUCUCCACCUACCGCAGCCUGUAUCGCUCUACCUUCACAUGGCUACAAGUGCCUGGAGUGUGGAGAUUCAUUUGCUCUUGAGAAGAGCCUGACACAGCACUAUGAACGUCGCAGUGUGCGGAUCGAGGUCACCUGUAACCACUGUGCCAAAGGUCUAGUGUUCUACAACAAAUGCAGUCUCUUGUCUCAUGCCAGAGGCCACAAGGACAAAGGGGUUGUCAUGCAGUGUUCACAUCUAAUCCUAAAACCCAUCCCUGCAGACCAGAUGAUAACCACAUCAUCAUCAGGCCUGCCCAACGUUACCGGUACCACCUCCAUUACUCAAGCCCAACCACCAACAAGUCAAACCCCAGGGAAAGGUACUGUCACUGGGUCCCAAACUGCAGUGAUUUCAGCCACAUGCAGUGCUCCUCUUGUGGCAGCCAUGCCCUUGGAGAAUGAUGCAUCAAAGCUCUGCAGGCACUGUCUUAAGUGCAUGGAGUGCAAUGAAAAGUUCCAGGAUGACAGCUCACUAGCCAUGCACUAUCAACAGGCACAAGAGUCCAGUGGCCAGAAAACCUGUACGAUUUGCCAAAUGCUUCUGCCAAAUCAGUGCAGCUUUCUGUCACACCAACGUAUCCAUCAGCACAAGUCUCCAUACAUCUGUCCCGAGUGUGGCGCCAGCUGGCGAUCUGUGCACUUCCAGUCACAUGUCAUCAAGAACUGUCUACAUUACACUCGUAGAGUCGGCUACCGUUGCACACAGUGUAGCGUGAUCUUCGCUGAUGUUGCAACUCUCAAGUCCCACGUCCAGAGUGCUCACUGUGAGAUCUUCUAUAAAUGUCCUCUCUGCCCCAUGGCCUUCAAGUCUGCGCCUGGCACACAUUCCCAUACUCAUACACAGCACCCAGGAGUGGUGGCAGGAGAGCCCAAGAUGAUCUACAAAUGUUCCAUGUGCGAUACUGUGUUCACUCUGCAGUCCCUGCUCUAUACACACUUUGACCAACAUGUCGUCAAUCACAAAGUUUCAGUGUUCAAAUGCCCUGACUGCUCCAUGCAUUACGCACAGAAACAGCUCAUGUUGGACCAUAUCAAAGCCAUUCAUGGGACCCUGAAGACCACUGAGGGUCCACCUAACCUGGGCAUCAACCUUCCUCUCAGCAUCAAACCCACCAAUUCGAACAGCACCAAAAGCAACAGCCCAAGCAGUCAUAGCAACAAAGAUGGAGGAAAAGUCAACGCUCAAGACAAAGGGGAGAAGAAGCCUUCACCUGCACCACGGAAGAAAACCAACAUCAACUGCUCAGCAGACCUCAAGAGCCCUCCGAGCUCAGGAUACACAUGUGGAGACUGCAGUAGCUUCUUCAGCUCCCGUGAGGUCUUUGUGGCUCAUAUGCGGCGUGAGCACGGCAAGAUCUUGAAGAAGCACCCAUGUCGACAGUGUGACAAGUCCUUCAGGUCCUCCCACAGUCUUUGUCGACACAACCGCCUCAAACACAAGGGGUUGCGGAGGGUCUACACCUGCCCGCACUGUCCAGCUCUCAGCCAACCAUUCACUAAAAGAUCUCUGCUGGAUCAGCACAUUCAGAUGAUGCAUAGCGUCAGAGAAGCAGAGGGGAAGACUGUCAACACUGAUAAAGUGGAGAUUUUACCUGACCAGACCCCCAGCCCUAAAAGGAAGCAAGAGGAAGAUGAGGGGUCUCCAGGUUUGAACUCCAGGGGUUUCGACUCACAGCCUUUGAAGAGGCUCAAGGUGAACAUCCCCAAAGUUCACAAGUGUGCUGUCCUCGGUUUCCCCACAGAGGACAUCGCCGCCUUCCACAAACACAUUCCCCAGCACAAGUCCGAUUGCUCGUCCCACCAGUGUCAGGAGUGCGGCCUGUGCUACACCUCCAACCGCUCACUGGCCCGGCAUCUCUUCAUCGUCCACCGGCUGAAGGAGCCGCAGGGUCUCGGCCGAUACAACGGACGGGCCAAGGGCGACGACGAGAGUCAAAGGGAGAACCAGCUGGAUGUCACGGACGAGAACAAUGACGGGACACCAAACACCAAAUGCAAAGUGUGUGGGAAGACGUUUGAAACGGAGGGAAACCUGAACACUCACAUGAGGACACAUGGAAUGGCAUUCAUUAAGUCAAAGAGACUGAGCGCGGCGGAGAAGUGAAAACUCACCUUGUAACCUUUUCAACUGUUGUUUGUUUAAUUGUUGCAAACAACAGGCAGUAUGUGCAUUGGCUGUGGUUAUGCUGUAUAUAUAGAGAGAGAGAUAUAUAUCUCUCUCUAUAUAUAGAGAGAGAUAUAUAUAUAUAAUGUAAACAAAGUAAACUGCAAUGUGUAUACACUAUACUCACCGCAAUGUGUAGUAUAUGUCAGAGUCAGUGUUUGAACAACAUACUUUUUGUACACUCAUAGAUGUUUCUAUAGGCCUUGAGUAAACCUCUUAUUACAGAAGAUCCUUUUAUUUUAAACAGUGUCCAUUGUUGUGUUCUCACUAGGAUUAGAUAAUCUAAGGAGAUGUCAGUAUAAUAUGGGAUUAAACCUCAUUAAACCUCA